AUGUCUUUUGGCAUUGAACCAUUCACCAAAGACCUCAACCUUCCUCUUCUCAGUGGUCAGGAGCCCGAAAUCGUUACAGCAGUGCUGGUACCCCUCCCGAAGGAUACCAAUGCGGCUGUAUUCGGUCAACGCAUUGCGCUGUGGCCUCAACGGUUCAACUCCUACCUUCUCGACUCUAACGAAAUAGUUGUUGAUCCUCAAGCCGUCUGGGAUGCUCCAGCCGAAAGUAGUCAAUUUGCGGUCACCACCAUCGUUCCUUCCGGUUUCGCACCAGACAACAGGUUCCUUUCUGUUGGCCCCUUUUCGGACGAUCGCUACAUAGCUAUUGUUUGCUCGCACAAGAAAGCUGGUGAAAGCCACUAUGCACCAAGCACCCCUACCUUCAGCUCUAAACAUUUUAAUAUCAAGGGUCAUAAGGCUCUGUCGUUCACAAUGGUUAAUGCCGAAGAUGGCGGUGAUACUGACUACCAUGACACUGUUGUCGGGGUGGCCGUAACAUACACAACUAAGGACCGAUUUUUGGCUUGA